AUGCUACGCUCUUGUACGCGAACCACCGGCUCUACCCUCUCAACCCUGUCCCCCCUCACAACCGCCUCCAACGCCAGAUUCUUCUCGCUGCUCCUGGACCAGGACAAUGUCUCCAAGCUGCUGCGCUCAUUCUGGGGCCAGCCCAAGUCCAAGCCCGUGGCCACGCGAAACCCCAUCCGGCUCUCCGACAAGCUGAAGGAAAUGCACUCCCUCAAGUCCAUCUCGCCCUCCUACACCUCCAUGCCCAUGUCGUCGCAGAUCCCGCACUUCCACCCCACCCCGGCGCCCAUCCGCCGAGACGCGCUGUUUGUGCAGACCGCCGCCGCUCAGGCCGCCCACUACAGGUACAAAAACGUGCCCGAAGAGGUCAUCCGAGAAGCAUGCCCCCGAUCGCUGGUGCGAGGGAUCGGAGAGACCGAGUGGAUGCCCUCGGUAGAGACAGAGCUGCUAAGAAACGGAGAAGACGUAGCGCUCAUCUCCAAGGACUUCAUCGGGCUGGCCGACGGCGUCUCUGGCUGGAACGACAAGGAGGCCGGCCACGCAGGCCUAUGGGCCCAGCUGAUGCUGCUGCGAACAUUGUCCAUGCUCGAGGUCGAGCUGCUGCAUCCCGAGAACCAGCAAGCCGUGGACCAGACCGAACAGGUCUCCGAGUACCUCAUUUCCGCCCUGGACGAUGCCUUUGAAUACGCCACCAAGACCAUGCAUGAGCUCAAGUUCGAGGGCUCCUCCACCGUUCUCAUCUCGUGCCUGGCCGGCAACAACCUCAUUGUGGCCAGCAUCGGCGACUCCAAGAUGUGGGUCUACCGGGACGGCGAGGCCAUCUUCACCAACAAGACCAAUUCUCGAAAGAUGCUGGGCACCCGAUCUCCCGGGUUCCCUUCCACCAACCGGGACUUGAUUUCCGUGGUGCCGGUCCAGCCUGGCGACAUCAUUGUCCAGUGCUCCGACGGUCUUUCCGACAACCUGUGGCCCGAGGAGAUCCAAAAGACUCUGUACGAUGCCAUGGCCGAGGGUAAGAUGAACGAGCGGGGUCCUCUGCAGACCGCCGCGGAUGCUCUGCUUGCUCGGGCUCUGGACGUGGCCAACGACAAUUUUGCCAUCUGUCCCUACAUGGAGUCUCAGAAGAACGACUUUGCCAUGGGCGGCAAGAACGACGACACCACCAUUUGUGUUUCCCAGGUUCACCAGAACUCAUAG